AUGUUCCUCUCAUACUUUUCGAACCUCGCGUGGACUGGCCACCGCCGCCCUUCCCAUCUUCCAGAGAGAUAUGCAGAGCUUAAAAGGCAUGUUUUAGCAGACGUCGAUCACGCAGCUUUGCUUGAAAGUUGGAGGGAGGUUUUGGAGGAGGUUGGGAAUAGUGCGGAGGAAAUCAUUAGCAGAGGUGGAGAUGUGAUUCCCAGAGUUUCUUAUGCUGACAUUGAGAAAGGCUUGUCGGAGGCGCAAAUCCAUGCCAUCAAAAACACUGGUGUUGUGGUAGUUACUGGAGGUGUGCCCAAAGACGAAGCAUUAGGAUGGAAGCAAUCUAUCAAGGACUACAUCGCCUCCAACCCGGUGAAAGGGUUUCCUCCUGAAAAUAUCCAAGCCUAUGAAUUAUACAAUACCAAGUCACAGACAUAUGCUCGCACACAUCCUGCUGUACUUCGAACUCAGAAAGCUCUUCUUGGAUUAUGGCACUCAUCUUCUCCGGUUCCUAUCGACUUCUCAACCCCAAUCAGCUACUUUGACCGACUCCGCAUUCGGACACCGGGCGAUACCUCUUUCACACUUGGUCCACACAUGGACGGCGGUUCAAUAGAGCGAUGGGAGGACAAGACAUAUAGAAACGUAUACAGAAAAAUCCUCAGUGGUGGAAGCCUGUGGAAAGAGUACGACCCUUUUGAUGCCCGAUGGAGGUUGCGUGCAAGGCAGGACCUAUACAAUACUCCAAAUCAAUGCUCUAUCCUGCGCUGCUGGCAAGGCUGGACCUCCCUAUCUACCACUGGAGUCAAUGAAGGCACACUCCGAGUGCUCCCUAUGCUCUCAGCUGCGACGGCUUACCUGAUUCUCCGACCAUUCUUUCGUCCUCGUGUAUCUCUUUCUAGCCUUAGGACGCCCUAUAAAGUCCCAUUUGAGGACUGGGAAAUCGACCUUGAAAGUUCUGCUUUCCCCGGAACCACUGUACGAGGUGCACAAGAACUAAACGCAAAUACUCAUCCGCACCUCAGGCUUGACAAAACCAUGGUUUCUGUGCCCCUGAUCGAGCCAGGAGAUCAGGUCUACUGGCACUGCGACCUUAUUCAUUCGGUCGAGUCUGUACACCAAGGUACAAGUGACUCUUCAGUAUUAUAUAUACCGGCUGUUCCUUUGACCCUCAAAAACGCAUUGUAUCUCCGUGAUCAGCGUAUCAAUUUUGUCCACGGUUACCCAGCACCAGAUUUUCCAGGCGGUGAAGGGGAAUCAAAGUUCCUAGGCCGUGCUUCAGCUCAGGAUAUACAUACGCGCGAAGGGCGACAAGCUUUAGGCUUCGAGCCUUUUGUAUCUUCAGCUGGCUCAAGUUCUGUAAAGCUCCAUGAAGAGGCGAACAAGAUUCUUUUUGGCUAAUUCUGCUUUUCCUUUUCAUUCUCUGUGAUGAUAUCUGUAUGUGUGAAUCUGAGGAAUUCUAUCUCAGGGUGAGAACAUCUACGCAAAUCAACCGAAUGACUUGUUCGGUGUAUAACUGAGGCAUUUCUACGGG